GCUAAACCUAGGCUUUGUCAACCCGAGCCGAGCUAGAUUACAUUAUCGUCUCAUAUCCACAAUGACCUCGGAGCGAAGCAAACGCCUUACGCAUCUCGAUUUCUAUGGGCUUCUUACGGGUAAAAAACCCGCGGGACUCGGGGCACCCGGGACUAACGCCUCAGUUGCUGUGAAAAGAGAAUCGAUAUGGGAGCAUUACGAGUGGAUGUAUAAACUACGCCUGGGAAUCGAUCAUCGGGCUAUAGUAGCGGAGAAGAAGGUCCCUUCAAAGCACGCCACAGUUUAUUCUAUUAAGCAGUUUGCAGCUUCCGAUGUAAAGACAGGGCAGGAUACGUUCCUGGACAUGUUUCAAAACAUUCGGCACCACAGCUUUGUACCUACCCAUGAGAUAUUCUGGACAGACAACAUCUGCUUUGUCGUCUUGGAAUAUAUGCCCUGCUCGCUAUACGAGGUUCGCGCUAACGACCACCUGACUGAACCACGACUUGCCGCAAUAGUCGGACAGGCAAGUGCGCCGUGCCUUAUAGGAGUCCUCGACGGUCUUUCUUACUUGGAACAGUGGGGACUGGAACACGGCUCUCUGACGUGCUCUAACAUCUUCUUAGGCUACGAUGGCAUUGUAAAGAUCGGUAAGAAGACUCGCCAAUGA